CCCCCUUUCUGAGGGUGGCCGGGAAGAUGUCCGGCUCUGCUCCGGGUUCCUGGGGCAGGGGGCAGGGUCCCGAAACAAGUACCCCAGAUGGGUGCCAAGUGCCCUGCCCCCCUUCACGGCCACCUGCAACCUGUUUGCUCAUCCCAAGGGGGCUUGCAGAAGGGGGCCAGGUGUGGGACCUUUGGAUUUUAGGCAGAAAAGGCAGGGAGCGCCCAAUGUCCCAAGGGCCAUCUCCCAAGUUGCCAGUGUCUGUUACUGGCUGGACAAGGUGACCGAGGGCCGCGGGAAGUCCGAGAAGCUCCUCCCAGACCCUGCCUGCUGCCCCUGUGUCUGGGAGCCCGGUCCCCACGCCGGUGGAGGGCUGUCUGGUGGCGGGUCAGGGUCUCUGUCCCCACCGCCCGGAGAAGGGCACGACCACAUGGCCACCCCUGCUGUGGACCAGACCCGAAGGGAGCGGUUCCCACCUGCUGAUGGAAGGGAACAGUGGUGGGUGGUCCCAGCAUGGGUGGCCCCCUUGUCAGGCAUGGCCCAGAGCAGGCCUCGGCCUCCUUGAGAGGGAGGCCCCGGCAGGUGCCGGAACUGGGAAGCCUGCAGAGAGAGCCAGAGUGGCCUUGAGGCCGGCUGUGGGCGCCGCAGCCGGCCCCUCGCCCGUGGGCGGGCCACACGCACCCUUGCCGAGCCUGCUGUUGCAUCACCAGCCGGCCACCGGAAAGCGAGGAGGCGGUGGGGCUAGGCCUGAGCGGACGCCACGUCUGGGAAGGAGGAAGUCCCGCACAGCACGGCCUGGCCUGGGCGCCUCCCUCCCCACACCUGCCAGGGAGGCCCUGCCCGCGGGUGGGGGCCACAGAGGCCAGAGCAGGACACGGGGGAUUGUGGGCCACCAGAAGCCCCCAGAGCGCCCCCACGCCUCCCCCACAGUCGUCAGCACACCGCAGAGGGAGAGCAAGCCCAGGAGCAGGGCAGGGCUGGAGAGCAGCGCCCGGGGUGAGCUGGCGUCCCAGGCCCCUCCUCCAGGCAGCCGCCCAGAGCGCAGCCAGGGCCCCGCCAUGUCGGACUACGAGAAUGAGGACGAGUGCUGGAGCGCCCUGGAGGGCUUCCGCGUGCGGCUCGUCUCCGCCAUCGACCCCUCGCGCAUCACGCCCUACCUGCGCCAGUGCAAGGUGCUGAACCCCGACGACGAGGAGCAGGUGCUCAGCGACCCCAACCUGGUCAUCCGCAAGCGGAAAGUGGGCGUGCUCCUGGACAUCCUGCAGCGCACCGGCCACAAGGGCUACGUGGCCUUCCUCGAGAGCCUGGAGCUCUACUACCCCCAGCUCUACAAGAAGGUCACCGGCAAGGAGCCCACCCGCGUCUUCUCCAUGAUCAUCGACGCGUCCGGGGAGUCGGGCCUGACGCAGCUGCUGAUGAGCGAGGUGCUGAAGCUGCAGAGGAAGGUGCAGGACCUGACGCAGCUGCUGAGCUCCAAGGACGACCUCAUCAAGGAGCUGCGGGUGAAGGACAGCCUGCUGCGCAAGCACCAGGAGCGCGUGCAGCGGCUCAAGGAGGAGCUGGAGGCCGGCGGCCGGGAGCUCAAGCGCUGCAAAGACGAGAACUACGAGCUGGCCGUGCGCCUGGCCCGCCGGAGCGAGGAGAAGGGCGCCGCGCUCAUGCGGACCCGCGACCUGCAGCUGGAGGUGCCGGCGCCCGCAGCGGGAGGGGGGGGCGUGCGGGCGCUGGGGCCCCGGGCGGGUGAGAAGGAGGGAAAGCCGGACGAGAGCAGCCCGUACAUCCAGGUGCUGGAGGAGGACUGGAGGCAGGCGCUGCGGGAGAACCAGGAGAAAGCCAGCACCAUCCUGUCCCUGCGCAAGGAUCUGCGACAGAGCGAGGCCCUGCAUACCCGGGUACGGCGGCGGGGAUCGGCUGGGCGGCCGGGGGGACUGCCCCUCGCCCACACAGCGCCUAGAUGCAGGCGCCCACUCAGUGCACAGCCCCCCUACCUACCGCCUUCCCUGGGGCAGAGGCACAGGGGCCUGGCCGCCUCUCCCCACCCGCAGGCCCACAACCCCAGACCAGUCUGGAAGCUGAGGGCCGGCAGGGGCCAGGCCGGGUGGCGGGCGGUGGGGGCUAGCGGCUGGCUCCCGCAGUGCGCGGAGGAGAAGGAGGUGUUCGAGCUGCAGUGCCUGGCCCUGCGGAAGGACUGCAAGAUGUACAAGGACCGCAUCGAGGCCAUCCUGCAGCAGAUGGAGGAGGUGGCCGUCGAGAGGGACCAGGCCAUCGCCACGCGGGAGGAGCUGCACGCACAGCACGCGCGGAGCCUGCAGGAGAAGGACGCGCUGCGGAAGCAGGUCCGGGAGCUGGCGGAGAAGGCGGACGAGCUGCAGCUGCAGCUGUUCCAGAGCGAGGGCCAGCUGCUGGCCCUGGAGGGCAGGCUCAGGCGGCAGCAGCUUGAGACGCUGGUGCUGAGCUCUGACCUGGAGGACAGCUCACCCAGGAACUCCCAGGACCUCUCGCUCCCCCCGGACCUGGAGGCCGCCCAGCUGUCAGACAAAGGUGGCCCCGCCCACAGGGACGGCCCACAGCAGCCCUUCGAGGCUCUGCAGGAGGAGUCGCUUCCACUGACCCCCAACAACGCCGGUCUGGGCGGCGGCGAGCCCCCGGAAAAGGAGCGGCGGCGCCUCAAGGAGAGCUUCGAGAACUACCGCAGGAAGCGCGCCCUCAGGAAGCUGCAGCACGCCUCGAGGCAGGGGGAGGCGGACUGGGAGAACACCACAGGCAGCGACAACACCGACACGGAGGGCUCCUAGCCAGCCUGGCGCGCGCGGAGGACGGGACGCCAAGCCCGAGGGCCGCAGGCACGCCGGCGCCCACGCACCGUGACUUGCCGCGGUGUGUGCCAGCAGUGCGAUGCAGACGCGUGCAGCGGUGUCAGAAAUGUAGUUCCAUAAAUAAAAGACCGCUGUCCCCGCA